AAAUCUCUCCUGGACAGAAAUUCAUUCCAGUAUUGGCAUCAUCUAACAAACCUAUUUCAAACACUACAUUUCAUUUUUAAUUUACGUAAACUGAAAUAAUUCCUAAAAAUGAAUUCCCUCGCCGUUUCCUUUAUUCUUGGAGUUUUCUGCGUGUCUUUGUCCACUUCCAUGAAAGACCCCACUUGCCGAGGACAAAAAAUGGAGGUGGCCGAACCAGACAUGCAAGUUUGGAAGGACUGUUUGAAAGAGAUUGCUCCCGAAAUUAACACUGAAGACGAUCAGGCCAAAAUUGAAAAGAAAAUCCCUAAAGAAAAAAUGGCUUGUCUCGGAAAGUGCUUCAUGAUGAAGGAAGGUUUGGUCGACGACAAAGGAAUGCCAUCAAAGGACAUGAUGAUGACCAAAAUUAAUGCCACCAUGCCCAUGGAAGUCAUGGAAGAGAUGGAUUCCGCUAUGGGCAAAUGUGUCGAUGAGACUGGUAAAGGUGUCGACCCUAACGAUCCUACUUGCAUGACUUAUCAGCCCCUCACUCAAUGCAUGAUGGUUGCUUUUAUGGAGAUAUGCAAACUCAAGGAUUAAACGCGUUCGGGAUAUUUUAAGAUGCGUGAUUUCUACGGCAUGGAUCUAACAGAACUAUUUUUAUCAAUUCGCUUUAAAUUUCAUUAUUUUCAAAAUAAGAAUAAAUCAUAAAGUGUAACAUGCAAAUCAUCAAAA